AAACUUGAAGCCCCAGAGACUCUCCACUAAGGCGGAGGCCCGAAAGCCCCUCCCCAAGCUUCUGUAAAGGUUAAUAAAAGGAAGGAUGUAGUCCCUGACAACCCAGCCCAACGACUCACUCCUCACACCCGCUUAAAGGAGGAGGGGGCUCUCUCCAAACAGGGACCAGAGAGUAACAGUAGGCGGCAGCAGGGCGGGGCUCCAGGAGCAGCCUCCGUAGGAGCCAGCUCCCAGGCAGCGGCUUGCAGAAUCGGAAGGAGGGAAGGAGGGAGACAGGGAGGGAAGGGGCUGGCGGCCCCGCCCCAGGCCCCGCCCAGCCCGAAGAAGGAGGGCUGACUUUUCCGCCUGGGGGACUCGGCAGCAGGCAGGACGGGGGUGCCCUUCCCUUCCUGUGAAGCUCGAGCAGCCCCACGCAAGCCCAGCCGCCGCUCACCAAGAAUGGCAAUCCCUCCGACCCACUACCCGGCCUCCAGGGCGGCCUCGGUGGUAGAGAGCUGCAUCAACUACCAGCAGGGCAGCCCCCACAAGGUGUUUCUGGUGCAGACAGUCAAACAAGCCAGCCUGCAGGAUAUUCCAGGAAGAGGACGUAAGUAUCGCCUUAAAUUUUCUGUGGAAGAAAUUAUCCAAAAACAAGUUACAGUGAAUUGCACAGCUGAAGUACUGUACCCUCCAAUGGGACAAGAUACUGCACCAGAAGUCAACUUCACAUUUGAAGGAGAAAUUGGAAAGAACCCAGAUGAGGAAGAUACCACAUUUUAUCAUAGACUCAAGUCUAUGAAGGAACCACUAGAAGCACAAAAUAUUCCAGACAGUUUUGGAAAUGUACCUCCAGAAAUGAAGCCAGUUCAACAUUUAGCCUGGGUUGCCUGUGGUUAUAUAAUAUGGCAAAAUUCUACUGAAAAUACAUGGUAUAAAAUGGCAAAAAUUCAAACUGUCAAGCAAGUGCAAAGAAAUGAUGACUUCAUUGAGUUAGACUACACCAUUCUACUUCAUGACAUUGCAUCUCAGAUGUCAUUUCACAGGUACACUCACAACUUGCUGCUGGAGGAAACAGGCAAGCACUGCAAGACUGCACUGGAUGCCUGGGAGCUUACCCCUGGUUUCUUCUGGACUUCACCUCAUGUGCCUUUGCCCUUUGCUGAUUUUGCUUUAAUAUCACAGUCGGGACUUCCCUGGUGGCGCAGUGGUUAAGGAUCCGCCUGCCAAUGCAGGGGACACAGGUUCGAGCCCUGGUCCGGGAAGAUCCCACAUGCCGUGGAGCAACUAAGCCCGUGCGCCACAACUACUGAGCCUGCGCUCUAGAGCCCGUGAGCCACAACUACUGAGCCUGCGUGCCACAACUACUGAAGCCCACGCGCCUAGACCCCGUGCUCCACAACAAGAGAAGCCACCACAAUGAGAAGCCUGCGCACCACAAGGAAGAGCAGCCCCCACUCGCCGCAACUAGAGAAAGCC